AUGUCUUCGCCGGGACCUGCGCCAUCCCCGUCAACCGUCCUAGCUUGCCCAACCACCACCGGUCCCGUUCUUUCUGCAUCAUCCUCUGCGACCAACCGACGUUCUCCGAACAAGAAUAAUCCCGCAAUUUGUUCCGUUUCUGUGGGUGUGCCAGUGGCACAGGCGGCGUCCGCAGCCCGACCGUCCGACACUCCGCCGCGCACGCAGUUUUCCAGCCACUUCAUUUCAUCAGGCAAUAGUCAGUCAACUAGCCCCAGUUAUGCUUCACCUCCCGAUCUGAACCCCAGUGAAAUUGGCCAACCGGCCCUACCGCUGGACAUGGAACUUGGUACCGCAUGCUACGUUGGAAUGGAAGAGCCGAAGUCAUCAGAUUUCGAUCACGCUUUUCAUUGCCAGGUGGCUCUCGGUGUGAUGGAUCGGUACACCUCCGGCCUGGCUCUUCAAGCCACUGUGGAGAGUCAGGACACCUUCCGCCAACGUCUCCAAAAUGAAAUGCUUGACUGGCUACGUUAUGCACCCACUCUCGCUCGAAGGGCCGUUUGUACAUCCACUCUCACCGGCGGUGUCGGUGUCAGCAGUGGUGUCAAUCUUUUGAAGGCACGCGACAACGCCGUUCACUUUCCCUCCGCCUCAUCCUCGCCUUCUUUGAAGCCGCUGCACUCGCGAGCAAAUCAGAGUCCAGUACCAUCCACAGCAACCGGUACCACCGCCUCCGCUAUCACUGACCUCACAUGCUCGGCGCUCAUUGUCAACGUGGACACCUCGACUGUUGAGGUACGUACGCGGACGACACUAUUGCCGCACAGACAGCUGGCUGCAGCAUAUGCAAGCGUGUGUGUAUGUAUGCAUGUGUAAAUGAGUUUACGUGAUGAUCACGCAUCUGUUGCCGCCGCUGCCAGUGCGGUGCUUUGAUGGUGACACGGUGAGCCUUUUCUGGCAACAACACGCUGUUACGCUUGACCUUCGCGGCCUCGCGUGCACUGCUUGGUGUGUGCACACCCAUUCAAAUUCAUUCGUGUCGUAUGCAUGCCUUCCAGAACGUUUAUGCGCCUGCUGUGUCGCCACUACUACAUUAUCUUUCCGAGGGGUGACUAAUAGCCGUAUCGUCACCGCAACGCUUCUUAUUGUCGUAUGUGUUAACAUAUAUUCCUAUUCCACCAUAUACGAUUCUGUCGUAUGGGCUUUGGAGAGGAAUUAUGCUGUUUUUUGGCCAAUUUUUGGGGUUCCGCGCAAACGUUUUGAAGAUACGGCAGGCUGCGGCGGGCCUACUUUAAUAGGCAGCAUGUGUGCGUAGAAUAGCAGUAAGUGGUGCAGCUCGCAUUCACAUUGGGGAACAGAACGCCACUCGGCAUAAAAUCUGGGCAAGACAGGACGGUACUGGCUGAAUUCUGUUUUCACCUAGGUGUGUUUCAUGAGCUGACGUCGUUCCACAUUGAAGCAACUCGAUAGGUAUCUCGCACAACAUGUGUUGGAAGACGCAAAAAUAUACUGGGCGAGGACAUCAGCAUGAAGGCAAGAAUGAAGGUUGGAGUGAAGAGCAUACGAGCACGAAAACCUCCUGCAAAAUUUACGUUUCCAAUGGCCCUGAGGGAGAACUGCAUUUCCUAUGCGAUUAACCAAUUCUACACUCAUUUUACACUGCACAGUAUGGGCUUGUUGAGAGCGAAGUGUGUAGCACCAGAUAGAACACCAUGCUAAUCAGUUCCCAGUCUACGAGAGAGCAGAAAUCCCUCAUUGUUUAGUCUAAGGAAAGGGGAGCGGUUCUCAUGUUAACUUCCAAGCCGUCAGGAUACUUUUUCCUUACCUAUAAUGCGAGACUGUUUCAGUUUUUAAACACUAGUUUGCAUUGGUGCAUAGGGAGCAGAAGAAAGCUCAGGUCGCAUGUUUUUCGACGUGUCAUCUUAGAAAUUCACCCAAAAUGCUCAGUUAGUCACGGAAGCGAGAGGAAACUUUUUAGGGUUUAUUGAGAAAAGCAAACCGGAGUUAGAAUGUUUGUUGCAUAUUUGCCGUCAACCGGUCAUUGUUCCGUAGCUCAAUGCCCCAAACACGGGUUAAGAGUUUUGUCAGGUUGCCAGACUAAGAAUUCGAUUUUAUUGAUGUUCCACCUGCAGACAAUGCACUUGUUCAGAUAUCUCUUGUGGACGUCCCUGCACCUAAUUGGGUCUGACGAUCAACCUCAAACAAUAACUGGGAUAUGAACGCUUCUGCCUACGUUUCAUCCCUUCAAAAAAACCUGAAUAGAUAACAUGGGAUGAAUUCUGACCAGCAACUGUUCCGUGGAGCUCCGUCUAGUCUAUGCAGACUGGUAAUUUCGAAAAUAUCCUCCGCGUGAGUACGUUGCUUGCGUUUGUGAUCAUCUUCAGAAGCAGCGUGCAGAAUGAUUGGAAAAGCAGUAUCUCCUGCCGAGACCAUUUUCGACGUUGGACCGUUUGAAAUAAACGGAACCCCUCUGCAUUUGUAUGGACUGGUCAGUGGGUUUGUGCCCUCACACGAAGUUGAGAUCGGUGAAACCACACAUCUCUUAGCCCAUCAGACAGGGCCCCACUCGAGACGACAAUCAUAACAAGUCUAGCCUGAAAGCACAGUCCCUUUUGUUUCAGUUGAACGGGAGUGCUUUUUGUAUUUUUAUUGACAGUAGCGGAUACCGUGCCACGGACCCAGCAAGCUGUACGAAAGGAGAUAUACCGAGAACGUCGGUGCCGAGAGGACGAGCGCUUGUCCUAGAGUUGAUAUGUUUGUGUGACUUCCAGUGGUCAUUAUGGAUGGUCAUUACUGUGUGCAUAUACUGAUCAUGUAUUAUUUCAGUUGUUGUUUUUUGAAUCAGUACUUUUGUUCUUUUUUUCUGUCGGUAGCCAUUCUUAGAAGCAAACAUAGUUCGAUCGUAGAGGGAUAAAUCGCGAUUAUACUCUUAAAAUCGGAGAAAGCUGCCAAAAUGAUCCCGAUAACGUUGCAUUCGCACAGAGCUAGCUCGUACAGUUAGUUGGUGGCUGGUUCCGUGACUGACAGGCUCUUGUCAGUUGUCCUUGCAAACACAAUCCCCCCGGCAGUCCCUGCGCGCGACUGGUGUCGGGGCCUAUUUGUGUUUCGCACUGGUUGUGCUCUCUUUCCCCCUUAUAUCACCGCACUCGCCAAGGACCAUUCCCUACAACUAACCUGCUGCUUGUUUUGUGAUUGGUUGGCCCAUUUGAGUAGUCUAUGCAAACACGAUGGACCGACUAGUUACUCACCCAAUCAGCCUAUCAGAUCACCAGCUGCAGACAGGCCUCCUAGUGCAGGGUUAAACAGAAGCUAGUAAAAUGUACUUUGUUUCCACCGAACUGUUUUCAAUUGUUCCAACAAACUCGAUAUCCACGACUGUUUGCUUGCAUUAGCACCAGCACCCGGACCACACAACACCACCACCCAUCACAAGCAUCCAAUUGCCACCUUCCAUGCAAGUGGGAAGUGCGCUUCUCGGCUCCGUCCCCAUGCGGCUCCUCUGCUGCGUGUACGAUCCGAGUCGCAGACUAUCACGGUGCACUAAAAGCGUUGGCUUUGAAGGUUGCCAACUGACGGCAUAAUUUUGACCUCGCAGUCGGCCCAGUGUGUGUUUGUGUGGAGCGGCCGACCGGUGGUCUGAGAGUUAGGUUGCAAUUGUUACAUUUCAAUUUGAUCGUUACGCACUCCUCCGUGGGAUCCAAGCAGGGUGUGCUGGCAUACCUAGGGGCGGCUCGGGCCGCGCCAGCCACCUGGGCCCUCUCGCACCUCCGGUAUUCUUGACUAUGUCUUAACAUCGGGUCCAGUGUGGGAGGAGAGAGUGCGAUAGAUGCUGCGAAAGUACACAAUCACUAUGAAGGAAAUCACGCGCAAGUUACUGUGCUGUGAAACACACACGGUGGACAUCUUCGGCAUCGACGGUCGAACUGUGGGUUUGAUAAGUGUGACCCUCACUUCAGGAUGCGGUCUGAUGCCUCGGAACAAAGCUGGGUUUAGAUUGGUUCACGGCACGUUUUACUCGGACAGCGCAGUCUACGAGAGCCCAUAACUACUGCCGAACAUGGAAAUAGCGUCACGCGUACGUGUGGGUUUUCCCGCCGCACCGUUCUCUGCGCUGUCUGGUUGACAGGCUCGGACAGUGGAUUGAAAGAAGAAAGGUAGAGUUUGGCCAGCGCUGAUGAAUCCGUCUCAACGGCACAUCAGCACAUUCCCCACUUUAAUAGAUCUGACGUGAUUUAAUCUAUCGUAGCAUACUGGCUUUGAAAGGUUUCAAAUUGUCGCCCUAACUCGGUCCUUCUUAGAAUCAUGCCGUAGUGGCCGGUACAUGCUGUGGGACCAGGUUGUGCGUUGUUUGGCUUUUUCGGCCACUGUGCCCAUCCCCGCCCCCCCCCCCCGUCGUCUUGGCAUUGUUCUGCCAUCAGACCAAGGCGGGCGAGAGAUAGAGAGAGGAAAGAGUGCGGUAGGUGCCGCGCACGUCUGCCUCGCUGUAAGGUAGUUCAUGCGCAGGUAACUGCCCUGCGUCCAUUCUCGCUGGGCUUCGUCCGCCAAGGUCGAACUGUCGUCGGGUCUGUGCGCUCAAUCUCGCUGGAGCGCCAAUAGGUAAGUUUGUACUAUAAAUUCGAGACUUCAUCCAGUGGACUUAUUCAUUUUUCAACAGGACCUUUCGCGUACCUGAGAUUCUAACCACACAGUAGAUAUAUAGCAGUCCAUAUUGGAGAAGUCAACUUACUGAGUUUUACAUUUUGCAUUAUGUAAUUUCCGACAAAAGCACUUUCAGCGACCUGCUCAUUCAUUCGGAGAAACAGAUAAGCAUUUAAAAUGAGGAGAAGGCUUGUUACUCAGGAAGCUAGAAACAGGCGACUGUGGUGAUUUUUGAUCGAGAGUCCCAGGGCUGCGACGUAUAAAUUUCCUUGAAAUCAUGCUUGCCUGUUGAUAUUCCGUCCAAGCAAACGUAAUUUAUUUUACUUAAGAGCUUGUCUAAGAAUUCCAUAGCCUUCGGCAUAUACCAGGCGUUCAUCGACUUUCUUGUAGCAUCCAUGCUUUACCACGAUGUACGGGAUGAGCCUUAGUGAUUGGCGUCGCUAUGGGACAGAAGUUCACAUGGUCAUUUCAAGAUUUUCUGCCCUAAACGCUCACCCGAUUUUUUUCUCGUGUUCGUUAAGGUCCACACAAUAGGUCGAAGGUGCGACCGCCCCAUUGACUCCUCCUCUUGCAACCAUCAGCUGUCUCUGCACUACACAACAAGCCAAAACCGAUCUAGGCGCGGAGACGUUGCCGGUGCUGCCCGUCUACUUCCCCGUCCUAGCGAACAGCAACCGACCUUCGUCUGCGACAGUGGCGGCCGGUCUUCUCGUCUGGCUACUGCAUCGACGCCGACCUCAGCCUGGGGCCACCGCACUUCCAUCGUCAGCGAAAAGUCACUCUCCUCGGUGGUGGAGGAGAAUUCAAUCAGUGGCGGUAGUAGCAGCACUACCAGCAGCAGCAGCAGUGGUGGUUGCAGUGUCUACCAACGCACGCAUACCAUUGAGCCGGCACCUUCGUUGAUCCGUCUGCUGGAGACCGUGAAACUCCUUUCCGAGCGAGCUGGCUGCCCUGCUUUGGCCCUGCGUCACUUGGAGGCGGGUCUGCAACUGUUCCAUACACGCAGUCGCAUCUUGACCGACCUCAUCCUUACUGAGGGCAUUAAUGUUCUCAGUCAGCUUGACAGGACGGCAGCAGUCGUGGGGUAAGUUGGGUUCCUUCGCCUCUCGAAGGUUAAUUUGUCGGUUUUGGAUGCCGGCUAACUUAUGCACUGUGUGUGGACGUGACCCGACUCUUCGACGCUCGGUUUUCUGGCCGCAGCUCACCAUGGUUCCAGAGGUCAGUGCCGACAAACACAUUCACACCUAUUUCAGUGACACAACCAUUGGCUAUCUGGUAUGUCCAUGGGUGAAAGAUGAUUGCACAGCCAUCAGCGAAGGCUAGGUGUCAAGUAAGCAGACUUAUGCCCUUAGUCAACAGAGACAAUGCUGCCAAGUUGUGGAGUAGAGGUAAGACAUACCGACUGCCUUACAACAUACUACGAAACUCGGUAACGAAACAGGGACUCGUGAUCCUGAAUCGCCAUCAAAUGGUUUUCCUGUCUUUCGGCCAGACUGCAACACACCGAACAUUUAGGGCGAUUGUCAAAGAUAUACCGAAAAUUCCUACAACUCUUCAUGAGGAUUAGGGCCGACUAGAUAUGUCAUGAUCGAAACCGUUCCAACUAACUUUACAAGUGUAUUUGUGUCGUUACCAACAAGUCUACAGGAUCCCUGUGUUGCUUAACCUAUGUACUGGGAUCUGGUCACAUUGUGUUUACGUGAUAUUGUGGUCAACCUCACUGUUGUUGCCGCCUAUGUUAUAAUGUCAACCAUCCUUCUGGAUUGUGACACACCCAUUUAGGGUGAAGGCAGACCAGGUAGUCUACGGAUUUUGUUAGUAUCUGUGACUCUGACAGGGAUAUAGACGGUGGUGCGUCUCUAUGACAACUGCAAAAAGUGGGCCUUCGUAUAGGGUUCCUUGUCCAUCACUGCUCGUCGGCCGCAGUUGCGUUCUUGAAUCCAUUUAUGUUCGCAAACACCUAAUUAUCACCCCAAUGUCAGGCGUCUAUGGUCUCUUGCUAAACACCGACAAUAGUUAGCACUGUCGACUAUAUUCUUAUGAGGUUUCUAACUAAAUAUGCGAAUUUCGUCGUUCGGCGCCAAGUCUUCGCACUCAAUACUAAAGACACAAGAAAACUAUUAUCGUGCGCUGGUCAUUCAGUGAAAGCCCUAUUUCAGUGACCCCGGGAUCUCCAUUUGGACACAAUCUAACUGCGUUUUAAUUCUAAGUGAUUCUGUAUCAUAAAGUUGUCUUAUUCACGUUACUGCAGAUUUGCCUACUCCGAACGUAUGGAUGGCCAUACCUGUGACACUGACCGUUUUUGCGCGCCUCUGUAUCUUACACUAGGCAGUUUUUAGUGAUCUCGACUAUCUGUUUAACACUGGACCUUUACUGCCAAUAGUGCUUGUCUCUGUAAUGCAGGCUUCAGGACUGUCAUGCGGCCACGUUGGUGCUAAGUAAGACCAGCGCCACAUCUAACAGAUUGGUUAGAAAAUCGGCAAAGGUUCUGUUCGCAAGACCGAUUUAUAGCGGACUUUUACCAUACGUUUGUUUUAUGCGACCAACGUCUCGAAGUCACCUAAAACUAGGUACUAAGCCAUGAGGUUUGUUGGCUAAAAGCAAGCCGAACAUCGAGCGGUAGACUCGCUUUACUCGCCUUGCUCUCCUUGUUCGCACUGAGUUUGUGAAAAAAUAGAUUCGGACUCAUGCGCCCCGUCGUGUGCUGACCACACCAUAAAUGUGCUGUCGCUUUUCAUCUGCACUUUUAUUUGCGAUUUUCGUCUUUCAAAUCCUUUGUUGUGCCCUUGUUGGUAAAAAUCCUGGCCGAGUGCUUAUUGUGGACCAGGAGGUGUGGUGGUACGUGUAGGUGCGGGCCCGACUGUGCCAGCCACCUACACCCUCUCCUCUUCUGGUCUUCUUGACUGUGUCUUUACACUGGGGCCCAAGUGGGGGUUAAGGGGAGAGUGUGUUGGAUGCUGAGCAAGUCUAUUCUCGCUAUAAAUUAAUUCGCGCGCAGGCCACCGUGUCUGAAUCGCCUUGUUGUGGCGCACACGGACGCGACGGUCGAACUGCCAGUAUUUGCAAUUCUCUCCUAUCGUCGAUAGUGCCUUUCACUCUGCUUUUGUGUUUUAGUUAAUUUUGAAUUCCCCUGAAUUCCUUUUUACCAGUUGCUCAUGCUUGCCUGCAGGUGCCCUCGCGGUGACUUGCCCUUGCUGUUAUCGAUCUCCCGCUCACAAUCGUGCAGCGUUGCCGCUCUUCUCCAGAUAAAUCAGGUCGAUUUUCACGAUUUCCGCUAA